UCGCUGCGGUCUCGCCUUCACUUUUGCUUUUCACUGUUCACAGAAGGCGCCUGUCGUUCACUCUAUCAUGGAUUUCACGCAGGGCAUUGUCACAACUCAGCUGAACGAGGAUAUCCUGAAGCCGGAGUUUCGCGAACAGCUGCAGUUUCUAAAGUUGCGAUCUACAUCUGAGGUGGAGAGAGAAAAAUGCGACAAACUCGCCGCAUCGCUCAUACUAACAGGACACUUAAAUAAGAAGGAGAGGCUGAAGAGCGGGGACGCUGCAAAGAGGCCAAAAACAGCCAUGGCUGCACUCGGUGUUAAGAAGCAUUGGGAUCCAUAUGAAACUACAAACAACAGAGAGUUUAAUUACACACCAGACACGUUUACAGAAGCUAUUCGACCAAAAACGUCCAGAGCAUAUGCAUACCCCUAUGAAAGGAGUGACCCUAUAGGCAAUAAUUCAUAUAGUGAAGAGUUCUGCUGGAAACCAUUUUCAAAACCUGAACCCAUUCGAAGUGGAUCCUCUUCAGGAAACCGAAGGAAUAAUCCUCAGUCAAGUCAGUCUUUUAUAGUGUGGAGGAUACCUCAUUCAGAACAGAAGAUAUCAGUGAAUAGCAAGUCUCCAUGGCGAAAAACAUACAGUGAAGAAGAACUGAAAAGGGCUUUGAAGGCACAGUAUCGAACAACUUAUGAAGAGGAUUAUAUGGGAAUACCUCAAGGUUUUCAAAUUAAACAUGCGAUUCCUGUACCGCCAAACUGGAAAAAGAGCAUCUUGCAGUGCCCUGAGACUGAGUUUAGACGGCACUUCCAGCAACCUCAGCAAAAUUCAGAGCUUAUGGUCAAAACUACUCGUUAUGGCAGCAAUGUGCAACAUCAAGUGGCAACAAGGGGAGCAGUACCGACUGUAACAUAUGCCCAUAUCAAGAAUCAGGAGAACAAGAAACAGAUGACCACAUAUCAAAGAAUGUUUGGAAACAAUUAUUUGGACAUUUCAAAAGUUUUAAAAACUAUGCAUCCAACAGAUAUUGAUGUAUACCUACGUACUGUACCUGAAAAAGAUAGAGAUAUCCUCGAGAGAUUCCUGAACACAUGUACUUUGAAAUUCAAAAACUCAACAAAUACAUUAAGUGAUUCUUCCAACAAACUUGCUGAUCCAGCAUGGUUGUCAGUCUGGCCAGGCCCUUUAUAAUUUGUAGUGUAUACUGGAUAUAGUAUGAUGGAACUGUUUUUAAACCGUAAACAAGAGUGCUUUAGAGUUUUUCUAAUUACUACUGCAAAACUGCAGCAUUUUUCAUUGAUUUCUGAUUAAAUAGUGAUCAUCAGUGUUUCUACCUCAGAUUGCAAAAAUGCUGCCGUAGGAAAUUAACAAAUUAAUUAUUAAUUUAAAGCAACAGUAAUGUUAAAUUUGGUAAAACUGUUUAAUAAAUAAAAACUUUUAGACCUGUUAGUUUGUAGACCACAAAAUGUUUGUGCUUACUUUCUUUUAUUACAGACUAUUAAAAAACAUGCUGCUUGGAAGCCAGGUUGGGUUGUACAUCACCCUUAGUGGCCAUCAGUCAAUAAGGAUGGUUAAGUCAUUAGGUGUAUAGCACAUGCUUUAUAUAUUGUGUCUGUAUGGAAAAUUAGGCUUCUAGUUCACUCACUAGGAGCAUUAAAUACAAAUAAUGCCAUAACCAAAGAUGCACAAAAGAAGAAUCCAAUCUUCUUCACUAAGCACUUCAGUUACAGGGAUCAGCCUCCUCUGUCAUUGUGUAGUGACUCUUCCACUUGCACAUCUCAACAUCUCAAAUCUACCCCUUAAUUGUUAUGAUCUUAUUACUUUAAACUUCUUUCUGACAUUACCUUUGCUAUUUGUGGCAGGUUUUUGAUUGAUUUAGAUUUUUAGGUGAACACUUCAAUUUUUGUAUUUACUUCAACUUCUGAAAUGCUUUUUGAUGUUAAAAGUAUUUUGUCUGAUUGUGAUAAUAAUAAUAAUGUCCUAAACUGGAUGCUACCUUUUCUGUGUAUGGUUGCUAUAGAGUUGCUAUGGAUUAUACAAGAAUAGUAGCACCUGACUUCACUGUAGUGUUCGUUUAAGGUUGGUACUGUACAUUUCCUGUUUAUCCAAUAUAUAAAAAAAGCAUGUGGCAAGUGUAUUUUCUUGAUUUGUUUUUCUUUAUACUGACUUUGUGCUUUUAAAUUAUUGACUACAUCUUUGGUUAUUGAUUGUUGGCUUUGGUGAAAGAUAGGUUUGAUUUCUGGUCUUGAACUUACUCAAAGUAUGGUUACAUUUCAUAUUCUGGUCCCUUUCAAUACAAGCUUUUCUCCAGCAGAGCAUUAACUACCUCUUGACUUUCAUGUUUGACCACAGUUACAUGGAGGAACAACCAGCUCUUCUCUGUUUCACAUAUUCAAUGGUAUUCUGUCAUGCACCACAUUUCUCACCUGUUAACAUUUUUAGUGCCUUUCAAAAAUUAAUUAUUCAUUGUUAAUAACUGAA